CACAUUUAAUUCCGAAAACCGAAUCGUAACGAAAGUAACGAGUCUGUCUCUCUGUCACUGUAGCGUAGCCUAGCUCGCCUCCUCCCCAAUUUUCCUCUCUCUCUCUCUCUCUCUGCAACUUUGUUCUAACCUCUUUCUCCUUAUCCCAUUGAAUCUCUCUCUCUCUCUCUCUCUCAUUCUUAGCAUUUGAAUUUCCAAUAUGGGCCGCGAGCCCACCAAGCGGAAAAGAGGCCGUAAGCCCAAAAACCCCUCUGCCGAAACCCUAGAUAACCCUUCCGGCACCGCCACCACCUCCACCGCCGCCUUAGACGACGUCUUCUCCGUCGGCAACGUCGAGCUCAUCGACUCCCCCAACGGCACCACCUCCGUCGACGAUUACCGUCCCCGCGGCCGCCCUAAGAAGCGUCUCAAUCCCGACAAGCCUCAGCCGCUGCAGAGGAGGGAACCGCCGAGGGUGUUGGAGAACGGCGGAGAGUUUAUCGACGUGGUGGUCGGAGAAGGGGAUGGACUGGGGGCCAGGGUGGUUCCGGCCAUGGACGCGGUGGUGAAGGUUUUCUGCGUGCACACGGAGCCGAACUUCUCGCUGCCGUGGCAGCGAAAGAGGCAGUAUAGCUCGAGUAGCAGUGGCUUCAUCAUCGCCGGGAGGAGAAUCCUCACGAACGCUCACUCCGUCGAGCAUUUCACUCAGGUGAAGCUCAAGAAGCGUGGUUCCGACACCAAGUUCCUCGCUACCGUCCUCGCUAUCGGCACCGAAUGCGACAUUGCGAUGCUUACGGUCGAUGAUGAUGACUUUUGGGAAGGGGUGUCACCUGUUGAAUUUGGGGAUUUACCUGCGCUUCAAGAUGCUGUCACUGUUGUGGGUUACCCAAUUGGGGGAGACACAAUUUCUGUUACAAGUGGUGUUGUUUCACGAAUAGAGAUCCUUUCUUAUGUUCAUGGUUCCACUGAGCUUCUGGGCUUGCAGAUAGAUGCUGCUAUAAACUCUGGGAAUUCUGGUGGGCCUGCUUUCAAUGAUAAAGGCAAUUGUGUGGGUAUUGCAUUUCAGUCCCUUAAACAUGAAGAUGUAGAGAAUAUAGGUUAUGUGAUACCAACACCAGUCAUCAUGCACUUCAUCCAGGAUUAUGAGAAGAAUGGAGGAUAUACAGGAUUCCCUAUCCUUGGGGUUGAGUGGCAGAAGAUGGAGAAUCCUGAUUUGCGGAGGUCAAUGGGUAUGAAACCUGAUCAGAAGGGUGUUCGUAUUAGAAGAAUAGACCCCACUGCCCCAGAAUCUAAUGUUUUGCAACCAUCAGAUAUUAUUCUUAGCUUUGAUGGGAUUGAUAUUGCUAAUGAUGGAACAGUUCCUUUUCGGCAUGGAGAGCGCAUAGGUUUUAGUUACCUUGUCACCCAGAAGUACACUGGGGAUAAUGCAGCAAUUAAAGUACUCCGCAAUUCUGAAAUUCUCAACUUUGACAUUGAUCUUGCAACUCACAAAAGGCUUAUUCCAGCACACAACAAAGGCAGGCCUCCCUCAUACUAUAUCAUUGGUGGAUUUGUUUUUACUACUGUAUCUGUUCCAUACCUUCGUUCUGAGUACGGAAAAGAAUAUGAAUUUGAAGCUCCAGUCAAGCUUUUGGAUAAACUGUUGCAUUCAAUGCCACAAUCACCAGAUGAGCAGCUUGUUGUGGUUUCUCAGGUGCUUGUUGCUGAUAUCAACAUUGGGUACGAGGAAAUCGUCAACACCCAGGUUCUUGCUUUUAAUGGUAAGCCUGUGAAGAAUCUAAAGAGCUUGGCCACCAUGGUAGAGAGCUGUGAAGAUGAAUUUUUGAAAUUUGAUUUAGAUUAUCAGCAGAUAGUGGUUCUUCGGACAAAGACUGCAAAAGAAGCUACUCUAGAUAUUCUUGCAACACACUGCAUACCAUCAGCAAUGUCUGAUGAUCUCAAGUCAUGAGGUGGAUCAUAGGUUCAUUUUGAACUAAUUUUCUUAGCCUGCGCUGCCUGUGUGUGUCUUUUGUAUAACAUCUGGAUAGGAAGAUGUCAGAUUCAGAGGCCAGACUUACUAGCUCUAUGUUUGUAGUUUCUUAGUAUGUGAUGUUACACAUUGGCUCUGGAGAACGGUUUGGUGCAGGUACCUUACUGGGGAUUGAUAGUUUUCUGUUCUUUGCAAGUAGCGAAGGAAAUCAUACGGCUUGUAGAAUUGAAGGGGGUGGUCCUCAGCAAACAUUUUCCCUCUUCUAUAAAUUUUGGAGAGAGAUGCUAGGCAUAUAUUUGUGUAAUAGCUACCAUAAAUUGGAUGUGAAUGGAAUCUCAACUUUGCUGAUAUUCGAAUUUAGAAAGAAAAAAUAUAAUACCAUUUUUGUUCUUCCUUA